UCCCGUCUCUUCGUCCGUGUCGAUUUUCUCCUCCCCCUCAUCCCCACUCUCCUCUCGAACGGCAACAACAACAAUAAUAAAAAGUCCAGGGAAAGGCCAAGGGUUCACUCUUUGGGCUCCGCUCUGGACCGUUGCUUCCUCCUCCUCCUCCUCCUCCUCCUCCUCCUCCUCCUCUCCCCUCUCUCGCACCCUUCUCCGCCCCCCACCGUUCCCAAAAUUACACGUAGAUCUCUCGCGAAUUCGAUUAGGGCGACAGAGGGCGAGAGGGAGGCGGCGAGGGGUUUCGAUUCGAGAGGAGAGGCGUAGGAAAAGCUAGGGUUAGGGUGACGGCUUCGAGGCGAAGCUGGCGACGGAGAAGAUGAGCGUGGAUCCGACCCCCGCGAGCUCCCGUGGCAACCUCGACGAGCAGAUUGAGCAGCUCAUGCAGUGCAAGCCUCUCUCCGAGCAAGAGGUUAGAGUAUUAUGUGAGAAAGCAAAGGAAGUUUUGAUGGAGGAGAGCAAUGUCCAGCCUGUUAAGAGCCCUGUGACAAUAUGUGGUGAUAUUCAUGGACAAUUCCAUGAUCUCGCAGAGCUAUUCCGGAUUGGUGGAAAGUGUCCAGAUACCAACUACCUGUUCAUGGGAGACUAUGUAGAUCGUGGAUAUUAUUCUGUUGAAACNGGAAGGGGGGCGGGCCCUGGGUUUGAGCCAGCACCGAGGAGAGGUGAACCUGAUGUUACACGAAGAACACCUGAUUAUUUUCUAUGA